UUUAAGAUAUAUUCUGAUGUCACUGCCUUUUGGGUUCUUUCUGAGUAAGAGUAACCAUUUGUGCUGGUACAGUUACUUGACCAUUGAAUAUGCUGGGGCAGAUUUGCUGUAACAUUUAUCAAGCCCAUUUGUCAAAACAGGAAAUUCACUUUUUUCCGUUUGUAACAAAUAAACAAUAGUGUCAUUUCGAGACAAAUUAUAUUUAAAAAUUUUGAUUUAGGCCAGUCCAAAGUCUCUUUAGCUCAUUGAGUUGGUGCCUUUUUGGUGAACGCAUAUGCGAACGAUAUGCAAAUAAAUUUCCUACAAGGGUAGAAAAGCAGUAAGAGGCCCCGGAAAAGGAAAACAGUCAUAACACAACAUGGCACAACGCGUCUUACAUACAUACAAAUACAUAAAUAAACGUGUAGCAAAAUGUAUCUGCAUAUGUAUGUAUGUAAGUUCAUCGUACAUAUACAUAUGUAUACAUAUAUUUGUGUUUGCUCUAACUGGUAUCGGCAUAUCGACUUGAUUUUUGAACUUCGCGGGGAGAAGCAACUCACUUUGACAAAACUUCAGCACAUCAGCGCAAAACGGUGUGGCGCACAGAAGCGCAGCGUACAGUGCACUCGCAGCCAUCCAUCCGUACAGUUGGAUGUCACCGACAACGACGGCAACGACAACCAUUAGCUAUACGUAAACUCCAAAAACAAAAAACAUAAGAAUAAUUAAAAACAGAAAGAGGCAGAAGUUACGGUAGAAAAAGAAGCAGCAACAACAGAUGUCAUCAGAAAGACGACGUGUGAUCUUGAUCUUGAUCUUCUUUGAAACAUUGAAUUCAGCACAGUAAAUAACAACACAUAAAGAGCAGCAACAACACAAGUCACAGUUGCCGACAUCGGUGUUGCUGUCGCUAUUACUGUUGCCAUUGUUAUUGAUAUAGUGCCUCCGCUGUUGCAACUACAGUUUUUGAUGUGAACAUCGCUCAGCCUCAUUACGGAUAUAUUUUCUCUUAACAAUUACUUAUGUCUUGCUUUUACAUCUGAGUGUCUACAUACGAAAUUUACCAUAUAUCGCACAAUAAUCGUAGCAAAUGAAAUUCGUGCCUAAUUUUGAUGUUGAAGCUAAUCUUAGUGGAUUUGAGUGUUAUUGCGCCAGUGAAAUGUUCUUAUCUACAACAUUUAUGUAAAUGCGGCAAAGUGAAAUGUGCAAAUAAACAAUAUAAACAAAAUUGAGCUUAGCAAAGUCUAAUUAAAUAAUAAAACUGCGGUGGAGCUAGCCAAUAAAAAAGAAAUAAAAAGUAAAUAAAUACACAAAAAAAUAAAUUAUACUGACUUGCAAAUACAUACAUAUAAAAGUUGAGUCAUAAAAUAUAGAUUAAGAAAGCGAACCAACUUUUUAGUACCAAAACGACUUACAUAUACUCAUAUACAUAGUAACACAAUGACGGCGCAUGAGCAACCGAUUAGCUACUUGGACAGCAUCCUGAACGAGGAGGAAUCACGCUGUGAAUACAGUCAUCAGUGGCGCAAUUUCACAAUCUCACGUUCGGGCCGUUUCAAGUCGAAGAAUCGCAAACGCGACGUUGUCGAUGGCAAACUCUUCGAUGCGGGUAAUGCGCCCAAUGCGAUGUCGGCAGCGUCCAAGAUGCCGUCUGCAGCAGUUGCGGGCCAUAGUCGUGUCAUGGCAUCCGCUACCAUGAAUCCACACUACAAGCAGGAGCCGGAUAAGAAUGCUUUUCGUCAACCUUCAGCAAUGUCAAGCAAACUUUUUUCAUCGCAAUCCAUGGCAUCAACCUCCGCCAGCUCAAGUUCAAGAAAUGCGACGAUGCGUGACAAAGCUGAGAGCUAUAAAAGUUACUACGAAACGAAUUUAUAAAUGCCACCUGCAUAUAAUACGCAAAUUAUAUAUUUGUUUGCGUAUAAUUAAUUUUUUAAUUAAACUUAAUUGUGAAAGGUAAAUGAAAGCGCUAUUAUUUUAUACAUAUUUAACUUUUAACAUUUUAUUUUAUUUUUAUGUGGAAAAAUUAAAUUCACAAAAUUAACUUUUGUUUAGGUAAAGCGCUUAGUUAGUCCUUAAGUAAAGCUACAUAUUUAAAUACAAAAUUAGCUCUUUCUUUAAGCAUUCGAUUGUUUUCAUUAUUCAAAGGAUUCCUUUUUUCACUAGUUUUAACUAUGUGCCAACGUUUCUAAUAGAAAGAGUUAUAAGAGUUAAUAUAUUGUUUUAACAGCUCAAUCGACAAAAGCGGAAAUCGUGAAACUAGUGACAUAAAUUCUAUU